GCAGCGACGACCCACUGGCCAUGCUUACAGUCUCCGCGAUGGCAAAUUUCAACAACUUCUACAGAAAUGUGGCCGCAUUAGCGCAAAUGGCCAAGAACAGUCUAGACGUCGGCACACUAGCUCAGGUGUUCGCCCCUGCUCCCGCGGUAUGAGAAACGUUACCGUGAGAUUUGAAGGACUAGACUGACGAUGGACACAAUCACAGGCGUCAAGUCCAGCUCUAUCAGAUCGAGUAAAACUCGGUUUCAUGCUCACGGUUGCGGGAAUAGUUAUAGGCAUCGCUGCCGCCAUUGGUGGCCAGUUCGAACUCGCUCCUCUCGCCAUUUCUGCCGUGAGCGCUGCAACAUCGAUAUCGGGCGCCGCUCUCACAACAUUCACGCAACAGUCCCCCGACCCUUCAGUCGAAAGUGAGUUCAAUAUCUUCGUAAACGUCUCGGCUUCCAUCAAUGCAUUGGACCAAGUAGUCCAGAACCGGCUGCAGGCUUUCGUUGACGGUGCACUCAACGCGAAUCUGGCUUCUCCGCUGGAAGCGCUGGGGUUUGCACCUCAUGUAACCGCACGAGCGUACGCAAACGAUCCCGCCAAGAUACCUUCCCUCUUGGAGAACGGCACAUUUGCCACUCCUAUCCCCGAUCUUCCGGAAUCCAUAGCCGGUCCCACUGGCAUGCUUGCCGCGGCCUUCGCAGCGCCCGUGAUGAAUGCGUUCUGGCAAUGCAAGCGGACAGUAAUCGUCAAAGCUUCCGCGACUAGCUUGUCUAAUGAUCCCUGCGAUGGCGACAACUACUUCUCAAAGAGCGAGAAGUAUUACAACGAUGAUAACGACAUGUACGCCGUUAUCAUGCUGCCCAGCGACCCCAGCGAAAUUCAUCUAAGUGCCGCUCCGGGCUCUUACAACCCGCCGGGGUUCCACCACAUCAGCAGCUUUGGACUCGAUGUGAAAACCAUCACGAGAGCCGCAUCCAACUACCAGCAGAGGAACAGUUCAGCCAGCAACGGCACGCCUAUCGGAAAUCUCGCAUCCGCUAUUGCCGGCAUAAACCCGCGAGAUACUCAGCUAGUUAUCUGACUUUGUGUUUUUCAACCUUCCAGUAUGCUUCUUGGACGAGACUCCGCAGCUAAGCACAGGCCAAAGUUACUCCUGUGGCUUGACAUCGAGUCAGCCAGGAAUGUGUGAGCUCUUCAUGCGAACCCUGUGUGGCUGCCCGGUCAUGUUAGGAUGGCCCUAUAGGGACCACAGUCUGAUGAGCUUUUGCGUGGC